CUGUCCUUCCUCGCGGAGGCGCUGCAGGUGGGUCAUAUUGUUAUAUAUUAUAACUGGGGGGGUGGAGUGGGGGUGCUGCUGGAGGGAGUUGUGGGGAGGGAUUAAAAAAAAAACCCUGUUAGGCAAAGCGUUUCAAUGUAAGUUUUUUUCUGUGUCUCCUUUUUCUAGUCGUCAGUUUAUCCAGAUUUAAACAUUUUUAAAGAUCACUUGAAAAUUGGUCAGCAUUUUGGUGCAGAUUUCUCCUAAUGGACACGCUUUUGCAAAGGGUAUUUCCCCAAAUAUUUACAUUUACCAUAAUUAAUGCAUUCUGUAUAUAAUUCCGCUAAAAUAAUGCAUUUAUAGGGCUUUCCCCCUUUGUAUGGGGGUAGGACAUCUUUUCCCAAUGGAGGGGCAGAUCUUUCUCCUGCUCUCUCUCCCCCUGCAGGUGGGGGACCUUCCUUGAUCUCUCCAUAGGGCUUGGGGUCAAGGCAAACCCUUAAGCAUUGGGAAACCUUUUUCAGGGGCUUCCCCCUUGAACUUGUAAUAAUUUUUGUCUGGCCUGAUUUUACUAUAAUUUAUUAAAAUUAUGUGCCUCCCUAUACCCACAGGCCUUAGGGCAGUUCACAGGAUAAAAUUGCAAUAUAAAAACUCAAAAGUACAUAAUCAAAACAUAAACAAAAUCAACCCAAUAACGCCCCCCCAAACCACACACAUUUUAAUACAUUUGUGUUUAAAUUAAAUACAGCAGUUCUGGGCAGAAGAGGUUAAAAAAAAGGAGAAACAAGCAACUUCAAGUCCACAUUAAAAUUACAAGCGUGGCUGAGGCCUUACUUAGACAGGCUAAUACUAUUACUAUUACUACUACUAAUACCCCUGAGCACCCUCUCCCACCAGUGUCUUGCCUCGGUAAUGGACUGGAUGAAAGCCAACAAAUUGAAGCUCAGUCCAGAUAAGAGUGAGGCUCAGUUAGUGGGUGGUUCCCUAGAGCAGAUGGCUGGAAGGUCACCUGCUAUUGAUGGGGUUACACUUCCUCUGAAGGAGCAGGUUCCUAGCUUGGGGGUAAUCCUGGAUCCUUUGCUGUUGCUCGAGGCUCAGAUGGCCUGGAGUGCCUUUCAUCACCUUUGGCUGGUAGCCCAGCUACACCCCUAUCUGGACAAGGAUAGCCUAUCUACCGUUGUCUAUGCUCCGGGAACUUCAACGUUAGAUAUAGAUAUGUGUUAUACGUAGGGCUGCCUCUGAAGAUAGUUUGGAAACUUCAGCUAGUGCAGAAUUCAGCGGCCAGGUUGCUCACCGGAGUAAGGCGGGUGAGCAUAUUACCCCCAUCCUGGUCCGACUGCACUGGCUACCAGUUAGUUUCCAGGCCUAAUUCAAGGUGCUCAUAUUGACCUAUAAAGCCUUACAUGGCUCAGGAUCACAAUACUUCAAGGGCUGCUUCUUUCCAUAUGAACCUAGCCUGAUCCUGAGGUCCUCCUUCGUGGGCCUCCUCCUCAAGUGGUCUGGAGGGUGGCUGCGCGUCUGUGGAAUGCUCUCCCCAGGGAAGUUCACCUGGCGCCUUCCUUAUACACCUUUGUUGUUGAUUAGUCAUCUUAGUUGUGUCCAACUCUCCGUGACCCCAUGAAUUGGAGCAUGCCUUGGAAACUCGCUUUCCUCUCAAAGCUUCUCCUGUUUUAUGUCCAUGGAGCUUUCAUGGCAUAAUACUGGAGUGGGUUGCCAGUUUCUUCUCCAGGUGGAUCACAUUUAGUCUAAACUCUUGGGUGGACCUGCAUGGCAUAGGUCAUAGCUUCUCUGACUUAUUCAAGCUCCUUCGCCACGACAAGGCAGUGAUCCAUGAAGGGAUAUACACCUUUAAGUGCCAUGCAAACAUGUUCCUUUUUAACCAGGCUUUUGCUUGAUAUGUUUGACAUCCUAUAGUCUUUUUCAAACGUGACUCUUUUUUGGGGGGGGGGUAUUGGGUUGUUGUUUUUAUACUGAUAAUAUAUGAUGUGAUCUUUUAUGAGAAACACGCAGAGUCCACCGGGUUUAGGGCGGUAUAUAAACUCAAUAAAUAAUAAUACCAUAUUAAUACUUUCAUUAUUGGUACCCCACGGAUCUGACUGGGUUCCCCAGCCACUCUAGCUGGCUUCUAACAAAUAUAAAAGCAUAAUAAAACAUUUAAAACUUCCCUCUACAUGACUGCCUCCAGUUGUCUUCUAAAAGUUAUAUAGUUGUUUGUUUCCUUGACAUCUGACGGGAUAGCUUUCCACAGGGUGGGCCCCACUACCAAGAAGGCCCUCCGCCUCGUUCCCUGUAACUUCCCUUCUCACAGGGAGGGAACUGCCACAAGGCCCUGGGACCUGGAUCUCUGUGUCCUGACUGAAUGUUUGGGGUGAAGACGCUCCUUUAGCAUUUCAUCAGUUUGCCUUUUUAUUCCAUCAGGAGAUGUUGAAGGGAUCCUGGUAGAAGGGGAACAUUCAGAAGUGUCACCAAAAGGAUCCAAAGAGGAGGAGGAGCAAAGGGACGCUGGGGGGUCAAGAUGGAGGCAGCAGGCAAGAGGGGAGACGAAAGCAGAAGCCGGAGGGUGACUCUUGUAUGUCUCAGGGUGGUGAAAAUCAAAUUCCCAGAGAGGAGAAAAAGCAUGAAUGCACAGUGUGUGGAAAGAGAUUGGGUAGUCGCUCAGCUCUUACUUUACAUCAAAGAACUCAUACAGGGGAGAAACCAUAUACAUGUUCAGAGUGUGGAAAGAGCUUCAGUCAAUGUGGUCAGCUUACAUUGCAUCAAAGAACUCAUACAGGGGAGAAACCAUAUACAUGUUCAGAGUGUGGAAGGAGCUUCAGUCGAUAUGGUAACCUUACCUCGCAUCAAAGAACUCAUACAGGGGAGAAACCGUAUACAUGUUUAGAGUGUGGAAAGAGCUUCAGUGAACGUGGCCAUCUUACUAGGCAUCAAAGAACUCAUACAGGGGAGAAACCGUAUAAAUGCUUGGAGUGUGGAAAGAGCUUCAGUCACAGUAGUACCUUUAUCUUGCAUCAAAGAACUCAUACAGGAGAGAAACCGUAUAAAUGUUUAGAGUGUGGAAAGAGCUUCAGUGAACGUGGCCAUCUUACUAGGCAUCAAAGAUCUCAUACAGGGGAGAAACCUUAUAAAUGUUUGGAGUGUGGCAAGAGCUUCUGUCUCGGUAGCCAACUCAGGUGGCAUCAAAGAACUCAUACAGGGGAGAAACCGUAUACUUGUUCAGAGUGUGGAAAGAGCUUCAGUCGAUGUGGUCAGCUUACCUCGCAUCAAAUAACUCAUACAGAGGAGAAACCGCAUACGUGUUUGGAGUGUGGAAUGAGCUUCGCUCGCAGCAAUGCGCUUACUAGACAUCAACAAACUCAUAGAGGUAGCAAACCUUAUAAAUGCUGGGAAUGUGGCAAGAGCUUCAGUCGCAACGACUACCUUUCCUCGCAUGAAAGAAUUCAUACAGGGGAGAAACGAUAUAUAUGUCUGGAGUGUGGAAAGAGCUUCAGCCAUAGUUCCAGCCUUACCUUGCAUCAAAGAUUGCACACGGGAGAGAAACCUUAUAAAUGUUUGGAGUGUGGGAAGAGCUUCUGUCACGGUAGCCAACUCAGGUGGCAUCAAAGAACUCAUACAGGGGAGAAACCGUAUACAUGUUCAGAGUGUGGAAAGAGCUUCAGUGAACGUGGCCAUCUUACUAGGCAUCAAAGAACUCAUACAGGGGAGAAACCGUAUAAAUGCUUGGAGUGUGGAAAGGGCUUCAGUCACAGUAGUACCUUUAUCUUGCAUCAAAGAAUUCAUACAGGGAGGAAAUCUUAGAAAUGUUUGGUGUAUGGAAAGAACUUCAGUGACAGGGGCUCCCUUCCUAAACAAUAAAGAACUCGUACAAGGGAAACAUCUUAGAAAGGGUUGGCGUGUGGGAAGAUCUUUAAUCAUAUCAAAUAAUUCCUACAGAGAGUAAAUCAAUGAUCGUGUUCUGGUCCCCCCAGGACAGCCAUUAUUGGAUUGGAAGAACUUUCUGACAGUAAGAGCUGUUUUGACAAUGGAACAGUCUCCCUCGGGAGGUGGCGGGCUCUCCUUCCUUGGAGGAUUUUAAGCAGAGGUGGGAUGGGCUUCUGCUAUGGAUGCUUUAGCCGAGAUUACUUCAUUGCUGGGGGUUGGACUAGAUGACCCUUUUGUUGUUUAGUCGUUUAUUCCUGUCUGACUCUUCGUGACCCCAUGGACCAGAGCACGCCAGACACUCCUGUCUUCCACCACCUCCCGCAGUUUGGUCAGGCUCAUGUUUGUAGCUUCGAGAACACUGUCCAACCAUCUUGUCCUCUGUCGUCCCCUUCUCCUUGUGGGUUGGAAGAACUUUCUGACAGAAAGAGCUGUUUUGACAAUGGAACAGUCCCCCUCGGGAGGUGGCGGGCUCUCCUUCCUUGGAAGAUUUUAAGCAGAGGUUAAAAUCUUUCCCAACAUCAGGGUCUUUUUCAGGAGUCUUCUCAUGAGGUGGCCAAAGUAUUGGAGCCUCAGCUUCAGGAUCUGUCCUUCCAGUGAGCACUCAGGGCUGAUUUCCUUAAGAAUGGAGAGGUUUGAUCUUCUUGCAGUCCAUGGGACUCUCAAGAGUCUCCUCCAGCACCAUAAUUCAAAAGCAUCAAUUCUUCGGCGAUCAGCCUAGAUGACCCUUGGGGUCCCUUAUAACUACAGUUCUAUGAUUCUAUAUACAUCAUCUGCUAGACAGCUGUUGUCACAAGCUUGGCAAAUCCAGAGAUAUACUUGAUCAUCAGAUAAUGCCAAUAUUAUUCACUUGGACUGUGCUGUUUGAAUCCAUGUACAAUUCUAGGUGCCUAUUCUAUAGUUUUGCUUUUCAUAUCCUAAUUUUCAUCUGCUGUUACUUGUAGCGUUCCCAAAGCAAGGAAGGAUUCAGAAGAUCAGUAAAGGAAGGAAGGAAGGGUAGUAUUCACCAUCUCUUUGUGAACUCUCUUCCUGAACUCUCUUCCUGGCCCUAAGAUCUAUCUAAAGAUUAACAAACUACAUCAAAGUAACCUAUUAAUUUUAUGGCCUAGGAUGCCUGGUGCAGGCAACUGGUCUGUGUCCUAGAAUGCUUAUAGGUGCUUGUCAGACAUAGAAAAAUGGGCAGUAGAGAAAAAUGGCGUAGAUGCAGAGGCUUGUGGGAUUUGAUCAGAAAUUUUUGGCAAUGAAUCAAACCCAGUCAACGCAAUGCUUUCAUCGCGGACACAAUGGCUUGAUGCAUAUUUUAUCAUUCCUCAUAAUAAUCCCGUCUGAUCACUACAGUUAUAGCUGCUAUCUCUGUUUCAUGUGCAUCAUAAAAUGAAACAGAAAAAGCUUUACGAAAAUAAAAUCUUUAUGAAUUUUUUUUUUAAAAAACCCUCAUGAGUCCCACCUACACUGGAAAAAAAUUGUGGGAUCUGCUCACAUCCCUCAUGGUUAGCUUACUGCAAUGCAUCGUACAAACAGAUAUCGUAGAAGGUUGGGCCACAGGCUGUAGCUGGUGCAGAACGCAAUAGCCAGGUGGCUUGUGUGAGCAAGGUUAAAAAGGUAAAGGAUCCCUGGACAGUUAAGUCCAGUCAAAGGCAGCUAUGGGGUUGCAGCGCUCAUCUUGCUUUCAGGCCGAGGCAGCUGGCGUUUGUCCACAGACAGCUUUCUGGGUCAUGUGGCUAGCAGGACUAAACCGCUUCUGGCGCAAUGGAACACCGUGACGGAAACCAGAACUCACGAAAACACCGUUUGCCUUCCUGCCACAGUGGUACCUAUUUACCUACUAGCGCCGGUGUGCUUUCGAACUGCUAGGUUGGCAGGAGCUGGGGCAGAGCAGCAGGAGCUCACUCCGUCGCACAAAUUCGAACCGCCAACCUUGCCAUCAGCAAGCCCAAGAGGCUCAGUGGUUUAGACCACAGUGCCAUCCACGUCAGGCUUGUGGGAGGAAACUACUGCCAGCAUAGAACAGCCUGCUAGUAGGAUUGGCACUUGCUACCAAUCUGCUACUGGGCUGAGUUCAAGGAGUUUGUACUAACGUGCAAGUCCCUGUUCUGCUCAGUCCCAGAUAUACAGCAGAGAUUCUCCUGCAAGUUCCAAAGAUCUCCAAAGCACACACCCAGAAUGGGGCUUUUAGUGUCACUGUUUGUGUUCUGUGGAAUGGCAUCCCUUUUGGGGGGGGGAAUUGGGA